GGAGGCGGCUGAACAAGGUUGUGGGGGUAGGAAGCUAGGGUUAGAGGCAACCCGUGAGGCUAGAACCCCGAACGUGGUCGGUUGGAGCAAAUAUGUCCCUCCGGAGGCACAUUGGGAACCCUGAGUAUCUGAUGAAAAGGAUACCACAGAACCCAAGAUACCAGCAUAUCAAAUCAAGACUGGACACUGGUGCCUGUGUGUAUCUUACCAGCUCCCCAGCACUGCCAGACUGUGCCAUGAAUGGAUUAUGCUUCUGAUGAAAUCCCUGGCUGCGUUUUGUUCAGUCACCACCGCAGGGUUCUUGUAUAUUCUCAAGCACCCUCUCUGGGUUUCUGUUUUGCAGCACUGCAGGCUGAUUAAGGGACACUUUCCAAACCACAGGGCUCUCCCUUUAUUAGUCCCCACAGUCUUUCAUUGGCUGCAUUGUCCUCCCAUUUCUAUCUAUAUUCAAUCUAAUUUCCAAUUUCUUUAGCUUUCUGAAAUUCUGUAGGCUUUCUCCACUCAGUCUUUUCUAGCCUUAUUUUUGUCUUUUAAAAAUUCACCUUCCUUUUAUUAUCUCUAGACAAACUAUUCAUUCCCUCUUUUCUUCUUUAGGCUUUACUUUUCCUGAAUAUUUGCUAAUAGCCUUGACUGUAAGCAUCAAACUCAUUAUAGACUAGGUACUCUUCAUUUUUAUUUGUUGUUUAAUUCUGUUUCUUCCGUCAAAGGAAGAAAUAUAUGUGAAAGGCUUUUAUAAACCAGAAAGCACUAUACACACAUAUCACUUAUUGAGGUUAACAAAGGACCACUGUGCCUCUUUUCAUGCUUUCUGCUCUUCCGAGCCAAGAGAACUUCUCCAUAGAGGAGGGAAAUAUUGAAGAAAAAUAAAGCCAUGGAGUUGUCUCUUAGCAACUGAGUUCGUGCCUUAUAAAUCUCAUCUACUUUAGAUUACUGCUGCACAAAAUCACUUGCUUUUCUUAUUGGCUCAGUAUAAAUAAUGUUAUUAAAUUAUAGGAAAACAAUGGAAAAAAUCUAAUGAAUGACUCAUUCACUCAAUCAGUUGCACUCUGUUUGCACAGCACUGUUGCUAUAGUCGGGUUGUUUCUUCCUCUUGAUUCUAAUUGUAAAGUUUUGUUAUAUAUCUUUUAUCACAACUUUAGUUGUAAGUAAACAAAGUAGAAGCUAAAUGCUACCUUAUACAUUUAUAGGUUGCUUAAGUCGUGAAGCAAUAUGAGUCAUAUAUGUAGCACAUAACAUAUACUGUAUAUAAGUCAAGUUGUACAUAGUUUAAAGAAAAUCAGGUGUGCAGAAACUCAGACCAAAUUGGGAAGUAUUUGCAUUAUAAAAUAACUCAUUAUAAGGAUUUUUCAGAUAGUAGAUCUCCAUAGUAAAUUUCAUUCAGCAAAUAUAUAUUUUUCCUAUUUAUUUAUUUAUUUAUUUAUUUAUUUAUUUAUUUAUUGAGAUGAAGUCUCGCUCUGUUGCCCAAGCUGGAGUGCAGUGGCGUGAUCUCGGCUCACUGCAACCUCUGCCUCCCAGGUUCAAGCGAUUCUUCUGCCUCAGCCUCCUGAGUAGCUGGGACUACAGGUGUGCACCACCAUGCCUGGCUAAUUUUUAUAUUUUUAGUAGAGACGGGGUUUUACUAUGUUGGUCAGGCUGGUCUCGAACUCCUGACCUUGUGAUCCUCCCGCCUCGGCCUCCCAAAGUGCUGGGAUUACAGGCGUGAGCCAGUGUGCCAGGUCUAGUUAUUUAUUUAUUUAUUGUAGAGAUGGGCUGUCACUGUGUUGGCCAGGGUGGUCUUGAACUCCUGGCCUCGAGCAAUCCUUCCACCUCAGUCUCCCAAAGUGCUGGGAUUACAGGUGUGAGCUAUCACACCUGGCCUUUUUUUUUUUUUUUUUUUUGAGAUAGAGUCUCACUCUGUCACCCGCAUUGUAGUGCAGUGGCACAUUCUUGCUCACUGCAACCUCCCCUUCCUGGGCUCAGGGGAUCCUCCUACCUCAGCCUCUCAAGUAGCUGGGACUACAGGGAUGUGCCACCAUGCCUGGCUAGUUUGUGUGUAUGUGUGUGUUUUGUAGAGACGAGGUCUCACUAUUUUGCCCAGGCUGGUCCAGAACUCCUGGGCUCAAGCAAUCCUGCCUCCUCAGCCUCCCAGUGUGCUGGGAUUGCAGGCAUGAUCCAGUGCACCUGACCAUCAUUCAGCAAGUAUUUUUGAGUGUCUCCUAUGCUAGACAAUGGAAGGGAUAAAGAUUAUGCAUACGUGUGUGUGUGUGUGUGUGUGUGUGUGUACGUGCCCAUAAAUAGUCCUUGGCUUUCUGUCUAGUAAGGUAGGUAAGACAAUACAGUGAUAAAUGCCUUGUGAGUUGUAAGCCGAGUGCUAUAGAGGCUCAGAGGAGGGAAAGAUCACUUCCUGCUGAGUGAGCUCUUACGAGUAUGUGGCAAGGUGAUACGUUAGAGAAUGCAAGACUAAGAGUUUGUCAAGUUAAGUAAUUAAGGCAACAUUAAGAGGUAGUGAGUUGGUGUCCAGUGCUAGAGCAAGGAGUUUCAGCUUUAGUUAGGAAGCAAUGGGGAGCCACUGACUUUUUUUUUCCCUUUUUGAUCAAAAAGUCUUAUCUGGGAAAAUGUAUCUGGCAGUAAUGUGUAAUUUCAAUUUUUUUUUUAAAAAAAUUGGUUCUUGGAUAGUCUUUUAGGCUUCUUUUGUAUGAAACAAAGCCAUGUUUAUAAAUAAGUGAAUUAUGAAAUGGAUUCAUUUCCAAUCUUUUUAAAAGGUAGUCAGAAACUAUCUUCAGAUGCAAUUAGAUACAGUAAGAUAGGCUGCAUAGUUAAGAUAUAAGCAGUUUACAAAGUGGGAUAAAAAUGCUACUUUUCAUACUUUCUCAAACCAUUUUUAGGGGUAUUUUUGUGUCAGCCAUCCUGCUAUCUCAUUUGUCCAAUUAAAGCAAGGAAGAAAUCCUCCAUUCUCCUUUUUUCCCCAUUCUUGGAUAGAAUGAAUGUCUAUAGUGAAAAGAACUCAUCAGUAGUCCUCUCAGAUUUGGUCUGAAUUUCACCAAAUAUUUGUAUAAUUGCAAAAAACUUGUUUCUCAGCCUUCUCCUUUAGGGGGAAAACAAAUAGAGGGCAUGAUGGCCUACCUCCCUGCAUUGUGGUGAGGGUCAGCUGAUACAAGAUAAAUGUUAAGUGUAAUUACCCUGAAAUGUUUGUAAUUAAU